AUGAUUAAAUUGGAAGCACACACAUUUUAAAAUAAAAAUGUAUCUCAAACUAUGUUGAUAGAAGAUAAAUGUCCUAUUGAUAUUAUAAAGCAAAAGAAAAUUAUUUUCAGGAGAGAAUAGAUGAAUGAUGAUUCUAACUUCUUUAUUCAAGUAUAUAAAACAAUCUAAUUCAACAGACUGAAGAUUCAUAAGAAAUCAUUUCAAUAAAACCUGACAAUCCAGAUUUCAUUAUGAAUAACUUCACUAAAAUAGCGAUAUAAGAAAAUAUCUCAGAUUUCUAAGCUUUGGAAUUUCAUCAUAGAGCUGCAAAAUUAUUAGAAUUUUAUACUAUAAAUUAGUAUUUACUUAUUAUAACAUAGAAUAUAAGUUUAAUACACAUCUGUCUUAUUCUCUAAAAUUAAUUAUGCUAUUAUGUUAAAGAGAUAUUAAGCAUAUGAUGAAUGCUUAAGUAUACUAUUAGAUUGUGAUCAGAUUCUAAAAAUUAAGGGGAAAACUUUAAAAAAAGGAACUUUUGAUUCUAUAGUAAUGGCUAAGAUAAUAUAAAAUAAACUACUUAGAUUGAGAGUAAAGUUUUAAAUUACUUUAUUAUUUUCUGAAAUCAAAAGGUAUUCAAUAAAAUUUUUAGACAAGAAAUAAGUAGGCUUUAGACAUUGCAAAAGACGCUUUAAAAUUAUUAAGGAGUAUCAUUUAAUCUACAAUAAAACUAUGUUAACAAAUAACUCUAUUAAAUAAUGUUAAUAAAAAAUAUAGAGCAAAUUCAGAAAUAAAUUCUCCAAUUUAAAAGAAUUCUUAAUCACAGUCAGUUAGUUAACCUUAAUAAUAGGCUUAGACUUUAAGUUAUCCAUAAAUAGUUGAAAUUGUAUUUAAAGAGAUUUUGAAUUCAAUAAGAAGUGUAAUGCCUUAUGAUGAUAAAUCAAAUGAAAGUGGUAGUUAAAAUAAUCUGUUAGUUCGCAAUCAUUAGAAUAGAAGUUAAUCUUUAUUUACAACUGAGUAGAUAUUUUAGACUUAAAUAAAUAAUUAAUAAAAUAAACUAUUCACAAUUAUUGAAGAUAAUCAUCCUAUAUUAUAAAUGUAAAUUUUAGGAUUGAUGCAAUUAACAUAUGUAGAUUUAGAGGAAUUAUUUCCCAUCAAUAAUUAUGAAAUGGUUAUAGCAGAAGAAGUAAUCUUAGAGUUGGUACUUCAUUCUAGAAUACAUUAUAGAUUAUGUUAACUGGCUUAAGUUUUUAUAGUAUAUCAACUGAAUUAAGAUUCCUGAAUACUCAACAAAAUAAAAUGAACAUUGAAAUAUGGUUAGGAAAAGCUUUAGAAAUAUUUUAUACUUUUGUUCCUCAUUCAAGUUUAAUAUUUACACAAAUCUAUUAAGUGUAUCAAAAACUUUAUGGAGUUGAUAAAUAAUCAAUAGUAUUUUAUUAUAAUCAUUCAAUUAGCCUGAAGAUGAAGAAGUUGAAUAUCAUACAAAGUUAUUAAAGCCUCAUAUCUUUAAUAAUAAAGCAACACUAUCAAAUAAAAUUGUAAUUGUAAUCAAAGUUCCUAUAUUAAAUAAAUAAACUAAAGAAUCAUUUAAAAUGUCAAAUCAACCUAAUUCAACAAUUAUAAAACUAUAACAAACUCUAACAGCCAAAAAAUAAAUACUAUUUCCAUAAAAACAUUAUGUUACUCAAUAAGAAACUGAAAAAAAGUUUGAAACAUAAUAAUAAGAAGAAUUAAUAAUUUCACCAAAAUAAUAAUAACAAUAAUAAUUAUUUAUAAAGAGAAACAAAAUACUAUAACCAUAAUUGGAUAUAAAAUAAAGAGUAGAUAUAUUAAUGAAUUAAAUUUUAAAUUAAUAAGCUAAAUUAACUUAAGAAAAAUUAAAAUAGAAACAUAUACCUAUUACUACUUUAAAAUAAAAGUAUUAAAUAAGUAAUAAAGUUUAUGAUCAACCAAAAUUAUUGAAUCUAACAAAUUCAUAAUAAUUAAAAACAGCAAUUCCAAUUAGUAGAUCAUUGUCUAAUUCUCGUAAAGCUAGUUAAGUUCAUCUUUAAAGUUAAAAUAAUAAUAGUGCAAAGACUGCUUAAUUAAGAUAUAGAAAUUAGAUUAAUACUUUACCUGGUGAUGAACCUUCAAAAUAAAUUGCUUAAUAGAUUUCUAUUUAAGUUGUUAGUUUAAAUCGUUAAUCUAAUGUAUUAUACUCUUAAUUUUAAUAGAAAUACUUUCUACUAAAACGUAGUGAUUCUGCAAAAAAAUCAAAAAUACCAUUUUAAUAACGUUGA